UAUAGAUUCUUCGGAGAGCCUGUGGUAGAAGCUUGUGUUGAAAAUGGUGCAAGCUGCAUUGACAUCAGUGGAGAGCCCCAGUUUCUGGAAGGAACGUACCUGAAAUACAACGAAAAAGCUGCGGAAAAGGGAGUAUAUGUCAUUGGAAGCUGUGGCUUUGACUCUGUACCAGCCGAUAUGGGAGUACUGUACACCAGAGACAAGCUGAAAGGUGACUUAGUCAAGUGUGACCUUAAUGCUGAAAAAGAAACGUGGAUGAUGCUUUCAUCUGGUUUCCUGAAGCAGCAGCGCUUGUGUGGAAACUCGUUUGGUCUCUCUUUUUGCCUGCCUUUACCAGCUGACCAGUUUCAACCAAAUCUGGUAGAUAAACGUUUAAAAGUAAAUCCUGUUCCCAUUAGAUUGGAGAGAAUGGAUCGUUGGGUAGAGGAGGGAUUCAAGGUAAUGUUGCUCACUGAGAGAACAGAGCCUUCAGCUGCCAGCAGCGGGUUGCUCAGCCAGCGUGUGGACGUCCCUAGGCAAGCCUCAGCGCACUGCCUCUUGUGCAGUGGGAAUCUUGUAGGCAAGAGACAGUGGGGACCGGAAAGCUGCAGGAAAGGGAUUGCAAAUUAGUGGGUAAUCGGGUUUUGUAAGUUUCCUUUUUCUACCGCAAGCGCUGUAUGAGUGUAAGUAGAUGGACAGUGCCAUAGAAUGCCUUUUUCUUUAAGAGCAGCUAGACCGUAACUGAAAGAGGAUAAAUGUAUUUGAGAAAAGAUGCAAGCUGUUUUAAUUCUAUGCAAGUAGUAUUUGAUCCUAAUCUCAAAGGAGGGUACUUUGUUCAUUAGGUCUGACUUUCAGUUGGAAGGGCCGAUAAGAGUAUCCAAAUGUUUUGCUUCUACGUACUAUUAAAACUGCUAUUAAGUGGGAUUGCUUUACACUGGAGUGUAUCAUCAACUUUCAGGUUAAGAAAACCCAAUCUGGAUCUGAUUGGAGGGAGAGGAGAGGCGUGGAAAUGAGUAUCUGGUUGCUCCUGGGAUUAUAACUUGAUGUCUGAUACUUGUUUUGAAUAAAGAUGUCUUUUUAUCUC